UCACGUUGCAGAGGAUUGUGGGAAGUACCGGUGUCAAACAAACGUGGUCAGAACUGAGCGACAAUAUUUACAACCUUUAUCGUUUAUUAAUGUUGCAGAAAUGGCGAUCAAACCGGAGGCGACGAAACGUUACAUCUGCUCGUUUACCGGCUGCUCGGCGGCUUACAACAAACAGUGGAAACUGGACGCUCACCUGUGCAAACACACCGGAGUGCGGCCGCACGCGUGUGAGCACGAGGGCUGCGGUAAGUCCUUCUGCAGCCCGUACCACCUGAGCAGGCACGAGCUCACCCACAGCGGCGUGAGACCGUUUCACUGCACGGUGGACGGUUGCGCGGAGGCCUUCACCACCAACGCGAACCGGGAGCGACACAUGGGCCGCGUGCACGCGCACCAAAACAAGAAGUACGUGUGCAAAUUUGAAGCCUGCGGCCUCGAGUUCAAAAAGAAGGAGCAGCUCAAGUCCCACAUGUGUGAGCAGCACACGCAGCUGCCCCCCUACCAGUGCACCCACGAGGGCUGCCAGAUGCGCUUCACCGUUCCCAGCAAGCUGAAGCGGCACGAGAAGGUGCACCGAGGCUACCCGUGCAAGGAGGAGGGCUGCAGCUUCACGGGGAAAACCUGGACCGAGUACCUGAAGCACAGGAAGGAGCAGCACAGGCUCACCAUCAAGUGCGAGCAGUGCAGCAAGGUGUUCAGGGACUCCUGGUUCCUGCAGCAGCACCAGCGCGUCCACUCUGACACGCGCGUGGUCUUCAAGUGUCCCAGAGACGGCUGUGACAGGUCAUUCACAACCAUAUUCAACCUGCAGAGCCACAUCGGCUCCUUCCACGAGGAGUUGCGUCCCUUCGCCUGCACCCACCCAGGCUGCGGGAGGACCUUCACCAUGAGACAGAGCCUCCAGCGCCACAGCAUCGCCCACGACCCCGAGAGGAAGAAGAUCAGCAAGCCCAGAGCCAAGAGAUCCCUCGCUUCCAGGCUGAGCGGCUACAGAGACACAAAGAGACUGGUUGUCAAAAAGCACAUCAAGCCCACCGGAGGGUCCGCACACAUGAACACUGAUCCGCCUGGUCCUGUGGAGCUGGUGUCCCUCCUGCAGGACACGUCCCUGCUCUGCAGCCCUGUUGUGGACACACUCACCGAUGCACUGACGACUCCUCUGACAGUGUAGACUCAAAGCAGGAUUAUUCAUGAUGCAUUAUUAUUCCCGAUAUGGCUGUUUGAAGGUCUCUGUGCUGCAUGUAUUUGAUUAAUUGCCAUCUGCAUGGUUCCUCAUUGUGGACACUGUUUGGUUUGACAGGCUGGAACCUAAAACACUAAACUUUGUCAACUGGGUUGAAUGAAACCUGAAUGAAGCACAGCAACAAGUACUUUUUUAAUAGGGGGUUAACAGAUGUUGGUUUUUCAGGGCCGAUACAGAUUUUUAGCACUUACUGUGACAGAUAACUGAUAUGCAUUUACAACUAAAAUGAAAAUAUUUCUGCUUAAAUUUAAAAUUUAAACACAAAACUU